UACAGACUACAGUACUGUAUAGUACUGUAUUAACCUCCCAGCCUUCCCAAGCUUACCUGUCUUGUACAAUACAACAUAAUUCCUGCUUUCAGCUUAGCUACAGUGGAUAAACGUCAAAUUGUGGAGUACUUGUAGUCCGAUUGAGCUUACCCUACCUAGCAAGGCAUUUGAGGUCAAAACCACAACUACAACUAUGCCCUCACUCACCCUGACAGGCAAACAAUACUCCCUGCACAAGCUAGUCGCUAUGUCUACCCUCAUGUCUCCCACACAUACCGCCCAUUUCCGAUCGCUGAUUCAGGCUGGAGGAGGAGAAACCAGUUCCGAAGUUGCCUCUCAUCAUCUGUAUCUCUCACACAAUGUUCAAGAGUAUCUUUUGCGUGUUUACGACAGCUUACGUCAGGAGGAACCCACCCUCUCGAGAGCCAGGCUCGAGUCAUGGCUGGCUACAGUGCAGGGGCAGUCUACUGUGAAUCUGGAUGCAGCGGAAUACAAGUUCGAGCAGUUUCUCGAGGCGGUGUAUUAUAAUCGCGGGUUUGAAGCUAUUAGGGAAGUUAAGCCAGAGGAGAAAGACAUGACCAAGCCUCUUAGCAACUACUAUGUCAGCAGUAGCCACAACACGUAUCUGUCAGGUAACCAGCUCAUGUCCAAAAGUACAACGGAUGCCUACAAGAAUGUACUUCUGCGCGGAUGCCGAUGUAUUGAGAUAGACGUGCACAAUGGAGAAGCACCGGAUAACAAAUCGAGCGAGAACCUCUCCCGAACAUCCUCCCAGAAACCCCAAUCUCCGAAGAAAGAUCACAAGCGACAUAAUUCAGGAAGCAUAUUAUCUAGUCGAGCAGCAGCUGCGUUUGAGAAGGCAGACGAGAAGUUCGAAGCAGCUAAAAAGAAGUUAGCUGAGAAGAUAGGCCGUGGUUCGCCAAGUAGUAAGGAUGAGCGUGGGAGGAAUAUCACAUCAAGCUCUUUAGAAGUAGGGAGCUCAAUUCCUAGGGCGAGUUCAGUGCGGUCUACAAUAAGUGGCGAGCCGUUGGUCUUACAUGGAUGGACCCUCACUGCACCAAUUGGAUUCAGAGCUGUUUGCAAAUCGAUUAGGGAAUCCGCUUUCCUGACAAGCAAGCUUCCACUUAUUGUGAGCUUAGAAGUCCAUGCGGAUCUGGAUCAACAGGAAGUCAUGGUGGAUAUCAUGAAGGAGGAGUGGGAAGGACUUCUUGUCGACACGGCACAUCCUGAAUGCGAUCCUGAAGAGCGACUCCCGCGGCUGGAAGAACUCACUGAGAAGAUCCUGAUCAAGGUUAAAAAAGCUGUAGCAGAUAGACAAGAUCUAUCUCCUACACCUACCACCUUAGCUCCAACACCAUCAAAAACAGAUUCAGACUCGAUAUCAGGAUCUGAGGAUGAGAGAGCAGUAGGAAAGAAAAAGGUCAAGAUCUGUGAGAAUCUCAGCAAUCUAGGCAUUUACACCCAUAGCGAGCAUUUUUCUAGUUUCGAUGUUAAAUCAGCUACGAAACCAUCGCAUAUCUACUCAAUCGGAGAGAGUCGGAUCCAGGAACUGUACGAAGCCAAAAAGACCGAGAUGUUCCUGCAUAAUCGUAAUUUCUUCAUGCGAGCAUACCCUGCUGGCUUCCGAAUCGAUUCCUCGAACGUCGACCCUUCCGAGUUCUGGCGCAAAGGCGUGCAGAUGGUUGCGCUGAACUGGCAGAAACUCGACGAGGGGAUGAUGCUUAACGAGGGCAUGUUCGCAGGCGAGCACGGGUGGGUGUUGAAACCUCUUGGCUACCGCAGCGAUACGACCGAGACGAUUGAGUUCCAGACCUUGGAUCUCAAAAUAACAGUUUUAGCAGGCCAGUAUAUCCCUAUCCCGGAAGACCAAGUCGUCGAGAGUUUCCAUCCUUAUGUGCGCUGUGAGCUGCAUGUUGAGAAGGAGCAGGAGGAUGGGUCGGAGCCGUUACCUGCAGAGCAUAGGAAAAGGAAAACAGGAUAUCAGAAGGGUGACCACCUGAGUUUUGGAGAGCAAGGGUCAGUGUUGCAGUUUCCAACGAUAAGGAAGGUAGUGGAAGAGUUGAGUUUUGUGAGGUGAGUUUUUACUUCUCUUAGUGAAGAUCAAUCUGAUAUAUCGAUUUUAGAUUUAAGAUCGAGGACGCACGAUACGCGAAAGAUAAUCUAGCUGCAUGGGCUUGUAUCCGGCUCGAUCGUUUACAGCAAGGAUACCGCUUUAUCUAUCUACUUGAUGCGAAGGGCCAAGCUACCCCGGGAUUGUUGCUUGUGAAAGUUGAGAAGAGGCUAGUGCCUUGUAAGCUAACAAGGAGCACGUUGCUUAUUGAUGAGAGGCCUGUGGUUAAGAAGUCUUCCUUAGUAGACGUUAGUAUAGUACCAUCGAACAAGUAAUUAAUAUCCAGUUCAGUAGGAUAGAAAAUUGCAUUUUCGUUUGGUUCCUUGUCGCUCCUGUUCUCGUUCCUUUAGCUCUCGAUUAUCAGCUUUAACACGACUUCAGCUAGAUAACGCAGUCCCCUAGUUCUGUCUGACUCUGACCUAAUAUCCCUAGGACAGACUCCCUUGUUGUCGAUACUUACUAACGAGUUCAUAGGUCUCUACAAAUGAGGGUACGGGCCCGUUACGUCAACGCGGAUGGAUCGUUCGUUGAUGGGCUACUUCAAAGGGGACAACAUAGUACCCCAGAACGACAAUUUAUAGCACUUUACUGUUACCUCUAGUGGGAGC